AUGGCCGGUUCAUCCGUCGGCACCCGGAAUCGCCUUUGUCACCAGCACGUCCCGUUGCUCUUGCCUACGGACGAGGACAUAGUCCAGCAGGUACCAGUUUCACAACUGAGGGUGCAUCCAUGUGGUCGUCUCUCGCAACGCGAGGCGGAGGCAGGUGUUGUUCGGGUUGAGGCGGUGUUCUGCGCAGGUUCGUGGGAGGCACAGGCCAUUGUUGUUGGAGCCGCUGAGACCAUGGGAGCCCUGAACUUCUCUCCAGGCAGCAUGGCCUGUGUCUAA